CUGCUCGACGAAUGAAUGGCAUCUUUCUCAACAUCACGUAAACGCCGACGGGGGGAGCGAAAGCAUCUUCCUCUCGUGCUCGCCUCGGACGGAGCAGCCUGAAAACCCCACUCCGUUCAUGGUUAAUUUAUAGCUUUAUCACACAGCAGGUUGCAGUACAUCUGAUCGUUUUACGAAACGGCUCGGUGUCCGGCCGUAUGAAUAAAAAAAGAGAAUACCCCCUUUUAUUGAUGACAGAGACUCACUGUUCAAACAGCAUGAAAUAAUUCCAUUGAAUGAAGGAACUGGAGCCGGGAAAGACAGCAUGAAGUUACAAAUCUCCGGUCUUUUGCUCGUAAUGGCAGUAGCCUAUGCAACGAUAGAGGCUCCUGAAGAGUUUGUCUCACUAGCUGAGAUGGAGGACACGUUGUUGAGGAAUCUUUUUCGGGGCUAUCAGAAGUGGGUGAGACCAAUCCUUCACGCCAACGACACGAUUACCGUUCGCUUCGGUCUGAAGAUCUCGCAGCUGGUGGAUGUGGUGAGACAAACACACAUUUGCACUGCAACAUCUGGGGCCGGUUGCAUAAACUGCUUAGACUAGUCUUAAAAAUUUAGUCAUCUAAUUUGUUUUUUCAAGGCUGGUCAUAAUUUUUAAAAGUCA